AUGGAUUCCUCCCCGCCUACCCGUGCUUCCGGCUUUGCCGUUGUCGCCCGCGCUCUCGUCGUCCUCCUCGCUUGCUUCGGCGCCUGGGUCGUCGUGCCCUCCCUCGCUCUCGUGCAGGCCUCUGGGGCCUUGUACUUCUUAGUAUACCGCUGGGCCUGGCAGCGGCUCCUUAGAGAUUGCGUCUCCCCCGGCCGGCUCUUCAAUUGUCCCCCCGGCGCUUUCGCGAAGGGCUCUGCCCUUAUCAUCUUCACUCUCGGUCUGGAGCUGCUUUUUGCGGUUCCUUGGUAUUGGAUGGUGUUGGUCGGCACCACUCGGGCUCGCUGGGGCAAGCGGCUGGCAUCCGCAGACCCUCCCCCCGGUAUACUUCAGCUCGGGACGCAGAGCGGCGAACGCAGAUGGUGCGAGGUCUGCCGCAUCUGGAUGCCGAACAGAGCCCGCCAUGUCGGCUGGAUCGGUCGUUGCCUCCACGUGUAUGAACACACGUGUGAGUUCUUCCCCGGCGCGAUCUUCCUCAGUAGCCAGAAGGCGUACUUACUGGGCCUGAUGUUCCUCCCUGGUCACGUGGUCUUGACGGUCGUUGCGGGCCUGUCCCUCGUGUCGGAGAGAAGAACUCCCCAGGAUUACGCCUACGUGGCCCUCAUGGGUUUCGCAGCCAUUGCGAUGAUCUUUGCGGGCUUUGCCUUAAUCUGGCCUCUGUGGAAGUUUAUCGCUGUCGACAACGUCCGAUCGGCAGAAGAGCAUGGCGUUUGGCUGUCUGUGUCGAGCACCAGUGGCCGGACUCAGCGACAGGUGGGUCCCAACCCGGCAAGGCGCCCAUGGGAUUGCGGAUGGCGUGAGAACAUCUGUAUGAACAUGGGUCCUGUAAGAGAAUGGCUGCUCCUUUGGCGUGACCCUCCCAUUGGACGCCUUCUCGAGCAGAACCAGGGUUGGGCCCAAUGGGUCUUGGACAUCCGGAAGGAGCUCGAUGAGCAGGAGGCCGCCCUAGCUGAGUUAGGUCCCAUCAUGCCGACCCCUCCUCGCACUCUUCGCUCCUCCAGCCAGCACCGCACCAGUGGCUUCGAGCUGGCUCCCGUUCCGCUCCCCCGCCGCCGCCACACCUCCUCCUCCGAGGACGUCUAG